CACACUGGUGUGUAUAUAUAUAUAUAUACAUAAAACUCAGAAGAAAAAAUACCAAAAAGCUAUGAUGAAAGAGAGUAGUAUUGGGAACAUGAGAGUUGUCCAUGCACAAAACUUUGAUCAUCACGAUCAUCAUAAUAAUAAGAAGAAUAAUAAGAUGAUGAUGAUGAUGGUGCCAAGAUGGUUAAUUGUAAUGUACAAGACAAUAUAUUUCAGUAGAUGCAUAGUUCAUCCAAAUUCAAAGAAGAAUGAUUCUGAUCAUUUCUGUAUCGAUUGUCUUCGUCCUCUUUGCUUCAAUUGUCUUCCUUCUCAUUUCUCUCACAAACAUGUUAAGAUUCGAAGGUACAUUUACAGUGAUGUGAUUAAUCGCCAAGACUUGUCCAAACUCUUUAACUGUUCAGGCAUACAGACAUAUCAUACAAAUAAAGCAAAAGUGGUAUUUUUGAAGCAAAGGCGUUCUUCUCAACAAGGUCAUCAUGUACACCAACUCAACAAUAAUAUUAAUAAUAACAAGGAAUACAAAUGCAUCAUCUGCCAUAGGACUUUGCAGGACAAUUCUCGAUAUUGCAGUAUAGCUUGCAAGGUGUUGGCUAUACAUGGAGAUCAUGAGGUUAAGAGUAGGAGAAAAAUAAGCUGUAAUAAUAAUAAGGAGAAAGAAGAUCAGUUGCUUAUUACAGCUUUAUCAUUUCCAAAUAAGAGGCAAAACUUAAGAAGAAAAGGAGUUCCUCUAAGGGCUCCUUUCUUCUGACAAAUAUAUUUCUAUAUACAUCUUUAUAUCAUAUGUAUAGCCAUUUUCUAUCGUGCAUGUACAAAUUAUAAUAAGGCUAGAACUUAAUUAAUUAUAUAUCAUGUAUUGUAAUUAUAUAUGUAUUAUGUGCAUGCACGUAUACGUAUGUACCUUAUAUAUAUUUGCAUUAUAUAUAUGAUCUAUCAGAUCAUUUAAAUUUGGUAAA